GGUCUCGCCCUACUUGGGCGGGAGGGGCGUGGCCCAGGGCGGCGCGCGGCGGCUCUGAGCCUGCGCGCGCCGGAGUCAGGGGUCACAGCGACGUAGGCUGUGGCGGGAAACGCUGUUUGAAGCGGGAUGGAUGGCAAGCGGCGGCCGGGCCCGGGCCCUGGGGUGCCCCCCAAGCGGGCCCGUGGGGGCCUCUGGGAUGAGGAUGAGCCGUCUCAGCCAUCCCAGUUCGAGGAGGACCUGGCGCUGAUGGAGGAGAUGGAGGCAGAGCGUAGGCUGCAGGAACAGGAGGAGGAGUUGCUGCAGCCAGCCCUGGAGGGAGCCGCGGACGGGCAGUUCUCCCCAACGGCCAUAGAUGCCCGCUGGCUUCGCCCCUCCCCGCCCUCCCUGGAUCCCCAGACGGAGCCCCUCAUCUUCCAGCAGUUGGAGAUCGACCAUUACGUGGGCCUGGCGCAGCCCCUGCCUGGAGCAGCCCCGCCACCCCCCGGCUCCGUCCCUGUCCUCCGUGCCUUCGGAGUCACUGAUGAGGGCGUGUCCGUCUGCUGCCACAUCCACGGCUUUGCUCCCUACUUCUACACCCCGGCGCCCCCUGGUUUUGGGCGCGAGCACCUGGGCGACCUGCAGCGGGAGCUGAACGCCGCCAUCAGCAGGGACCAGCGCGGAGGGAAGGAGCUCGCGGGGCCGGCCGUGCUAUCUGUGGAGCUGUGCUCCCGGGAGAGCAUGUUCGGGUACCAUGGGCACGGCCCCUCCCCGUUUCUGCGCAUCACCCUGGCGCUGCCGCGCCUCCUGGCCCCCGCCCGCCGCCUCCUGGAGCAGGGCAUCCGUGUGCCGGGCCUGGGCACCCCCAGCUUCGCGCCCUACGAGACCAAUGUGGACUUUGAGAUCCGGUUCAUGGUGGACACAGACAUCGUCGGCUGCAACUGGUUGGAACUCCCAGCGGGGAAAUACCUCCUGAGGCUGGAGGGGAAGGCCACGCAUUGUCAGCUGGAGGCGGACGUGCAGUGGUCUGACGUGGUCAGUCACCCGCCAGAAGGGGAGUGGCAGCGAAUUGCGCCCCUGCGCGUGCUCAGCUUUGACAUCGAGUGUGCUGGCCGCAAAGGCAUUUUCCCGGAGCCUGAGCGGGACCCCGUGAUCCAGAUCUGCUCACUGGGCCUGCGCUGGGGUGAGCCGGAGCCCUUCCUACGCCUGGCACUCACCCUGCGGCCCUGCGCCCCUAUCCUGGGCGCCAAAGUGCAGAGCUACGAGCGGGAGGAGGAGCUGUUGCAGGCGUGGUCGACCUUCAUUCGCAUCAUGGACCCUGAUGUGAUCACUGGCUACAACAUCCAGAACUUUGACCUUCCAUACCUCAUCUCCCGGGCCCAGACCCUCAAGGUGGAGUCGUUCCCCUUCCUGGGCCGCGUGUCUGGCCUCCGCUCCACCAUCCGGGACUCGUCCUUCCAGUCCAAGCAGACCGGCCGGCGGGACAGCAAGGUGGUCAGCAUGGUGGGCCGCGUGCAGAUGGACAUGCUGCAGGUGUUACUGCGAGAGUAUAAGCUCCGCUCCUACACGCUCAACGCCGUGAGCUUCCACUUCCUGGGCGAGCAGAAAGAGGACGUCCAGCACAGCAUCAUCACUGACCUGCAGAACGGGAACGACCAGACACGCCGCCGCCUGGCCGUGUACUGCCUCAAGGACGCCUUCCUGCCCCUGCGGCUGCUGGAGCGGCUCAUGGUGCUGGUGAACGCCAUGGAGAUGGCACGCGUCACCGGUGUGCCCCUUGGCUAUCUGCUCACCCGCGGCCAGCAGGUCAAGGUCGUGUCCCAGCUGCUGCGGCAGGCCAUGCGCGAGGGGCUGCUGAUGCCCGUGGUAAAGACAGAAGGUGUCGAGGACUACACGGGAGCCACAGUCAUCGAGCCCCUCAAAGGGUACUACGAUGUCCCCAUCGCCACACUGGACUUCUCCUCUCUGUACCCGUCCAUCAUGAUGGCCCACAACCUGUGCUACACCACACUCCUGCGGCCCGGGGCCGCCCAGAAACUGGGCCUGACAGAGGAUCAGUUCAUCAAGACGCCCACAGGGGAUGAGUUUGUGAAGACGUCAGUGCGGAAGGGCCUCCUGCCCCAGAUCCUGGAGAACCUUCUCAGCGCCCGGAAGAGGGCCAAGGCUGAGCUGGCCAAAGAGACAGACCCCCUGCGUCGGCAGGUGUUGGAUGGGCGGCAGCUGGCGCUCAAAGUGAGCGCCAACUCUGUAUAUGGCUUCACUGGUGCCCAGGUGGGCAAGCUGCCGUGCCUGGAGAUCUCACAGAGCGUUACCGGCUUUGGGCGCCAGAUGAUUGAGAAAACAAAGCAAUUGGUGGAGUCCAAGUACACGGUGGAGAAUGGCUAUGGCACCAGUGCCAAGGUGGUGUAUGGUGACACUGACUCAGUCAUGUGCCGAUUUGGUGUCUCUUCUGUGGCCGAGGCAAUGGCCCUGGGGCGGGAGGCUGCGGACUGGGUGUCAGGCCACUUCCCCCCGCCUAUCCGGCUCGAGUUUGAAAAGGUCUACUUUCCCUACCUGCUCAUCAGCAAGAAGAGGUAUGCUGGCCUGCUUUUCUCCUCCCGGCCGGACGCUCACGACCGCAUGGACUGCAAGGGUCUGGAGGCUGUGCGUCGGGACAACUGCCCCCUCGUGGCCAACCUCGUCACCGCCUCCCUGCGCCGCCUGCUCAUCGACCGAGACCCCGCGGGUGCCGUGGCCCACGCACAGGACGUCAUCUCAGACCUGCUGUGUAACCGCAUUGACAUCUCCCAGCUCGUCAUCACCAAGGAGCUGACCCGCGCGGCCUCUGACUACGCCGGCAAGCAGGCCCACGUGGAACUGGCCGAGAGGAUGAGGAAGCGGGACCCCGGGAGCGCGCCCAGCUUGGGCGACCGUGUCCCCUACGUGAUCAUCGGCGCUGCCAAGGGCGUGGCUGCCUACAUGAAGUCCGAGGACCCCCUCUUUGUGCUGGAGCACAGCCUGCCCAUCGACACGCAGUACUACCUGGAACAGCAGCUCGCCAAGCCCCUCCUGCGCAUCUUCGAGCCCAUCCUGGGCGAGGGCCGCGCUGAGGCUGUGCUGCUGAGGGGUGACCACACGCGCUGCAAGACGGUGCUCACGGGCAAGGUGGGCGGCCUUCUGGCCUUUGCCAAACGCCACAGCUGCUGCAUCGGCUGCCGCACUGUCCUCAGUCACCAGGGGGCCGUGUGCAAGUUCUGCCAGCCUCGGGAGUCAGAGCUGUAUCAGAAGGAGGUGUCGCACCUGAAUGCCCUGGAGGAGCGCUUCUCGCGCCUGUGGACACAGUGCCAGCGCUGUCAGGGCAGCCUGCAUGAGGAUGUCAUCUGCACCAGGCAGGACGGGCCACACUUCAGCUGUCUGUACCCAGAUGGCGUCUUCUACGACCUGGACAGCUGCAAGCACCCCAGCUACCCUGACUCCGAGGGGGCUUCUGACUCCCUGUGGGGCUGGGACCUCAGUCCAGCUGUCCCAGCCGCCUCGUAUGAAGCCUUCAACCCAGCUGUGGCCAACUUCGGCCACCCCCAGGGAGUCCAGCUCUGUUACGGACCCUCGACCUACAGCCCCAUGGGGAGCCUCGACCCGGCCCCCAGCCUAGAGGCCCCAGGGCCCAGCUUCCCAGCAUACCCCACGGAGGAAUUCACCAGCCAGACCGUGGGCCCCCCGGCAUAUGCCCCCUACCCCAGCCCUGUGCUGUCGGAGGAGGAGGAUCUCCUGCUGGACAGUCCCACCCUGGAGGUUUCAGACAGCGAGUCGGACGAGGCCCUCAUGGCUGGCCCCGAGGGGAGGGGAUCUGAGGCAGGGGCCCGCAAGAAGCUCCGCCUGUACCAGUUCCUGCUGGGGCUCCUGACGCGCGGAGACAUGCGCCACUGCGUGUGGUGGGUGGAGCCGGGCGCCGGGGUCUUCCAAUUCUCCUCCAAGCACAAGGAGCUCCUGGCGCGCCGCUGGGGCCAGCAGAAGGGCAACCGCAAGCGCAUGACCUACCAGAAGCUGGCGCGCGCCCUACGCAACUACGCCAAGACCGGCGAGAUCCGCAAGGUCAAGCGCAAGCUCACCUACCAGUUUGACAGUGCGCUGCUGCCGGCCGCCCGCCGGGCCUGAGCCCAGUGGGGGCUGUCAGGGGCUCCACGCCUGUGUCACGUUGGCGUCCCCACACCCUAGGUCACGGCACCUGUGGAUUCCCCACACUGGGGGGAGGGGGGCUGCUAUAAUCCCUAAGCCCUGCCCAGGGCCCCUCUGGGACACCACCCCUCCCCCAUCGUGUCUGGGGCCCCUCUGGGAUUUCCUUGUCAUGUCCAGGACCCCCAGGAUCUUCAUGUCUGGGUUAUGCGACACAUAGAGGACCAUACUGUGUGUCUGUGUGGAGGGGAGGGGCAGGGCAGUGCUUCCAGAUUCCCAAGAGCUUCUCUGGGAUCCCCUUGUGGUGUCUGAGAUCCUCCUACCAAGCCUGGGACCCCUCUGAGCUCCCUUGUGUGUCUGAGAUCCCUUAAUCUCAUCUGGGAAGGGAGAGCCCACGGAUGGUCACACAGGGAGGGGGGUGCCUUGUCGAGGGUCUCUCUGGGAUCCCUUUCUCAUGUCUGAGUCCCUCUUGUCGGAUCUGAGAUCUCCUCCUUAGGUCUGGGGGCCUUGCGGAAACCCUUCAUCAAGUCUCAGAUCUCUAUGCCCGUCUGUGACUCUCUUGUCCUACCCGUCCCCCUAAAUGAUGACCUUUGUCAUCUUGCAAUCUCCUAAUUCUCUGGAACCGCCGUACUGUCACUUCCUUGUGUCUGGAAUUCUCUAAUCACAUCGAGGGUGCCUCUGGGAUCCUUUGGUCAUGUCUAAAAACAUCCUGGUCAGGCUUAGAGGGGACCUCAGUGGACCUUGUCUUGUCCAGGCCGCCUCUGGGAUACCCUUAUCUAUCUGGGAUCCUGCAAUCACAUCUGGGGGCCUCCCUGGGAUUCUCCAUCUGCUAUGCCCCUUUGGGGACCCCACCAGCAGACCUGAGUUCUCACAGGGACCCUUCCCUUCCUGGGAUGCCCUCCGGAGGACCAGGCUAGGGAGCAUUCUGGCCACUCAACUGAUUUCUGGGUGAUCUUGGCAGCCCUCCCCAUGUCAUCUCUAACCAGAGGUCACAAGUUGGUACCCCACCCCCACCCUUCCGGCUCCCUUUGGGGCAGAUCAGAUCUCUGGUGGUGGUUUCUGUAGUUCACUGUGAGGGAGAUUUUGCCUGAUCCUUCACUAAAACUUUGCACAACGCGGCAACAGGCAACAGCGGGCUGCUUUGCGGUGCAGAGAGGCUGGAGGAGGGUGGCAGCCACUCCUCAUGGGGCUUCUGUUCCCCAGUUGGCCCCAGUCCCUGCCGCCCCCGGCUGUCAUACCCCAGUGGCUUUCCUCAGUCACCUGUUGGCCCCCAACCAUUUGCAUUUUGACCCCUGGUGUGAACCCAAGGAGGUGUGAAGCUUGGGUGCACUGUGGGAGCUCUGAUUGGAACCCUCGGGGGGGGGGGGGGUGCCACAGACCGUGGGCUAGGACGUCGGAGUCCCAGGUCCCGGAGGCUUCGCGGCUGGGGGAAACCUAGGGUGAAAGACUUGCUGCUUCUGGGCCUCAGUUUGUCCCUUGUGUGAAAGGGGAGAGAAGGAGGAAGAUAGAAAAAGUCCCUUGCAGUCAUGCUGAGCCUUUGAUACAUCUUCUGGAAAUCCACCCCACCACCCAUUCAUUCACUGACAUCCAGGAGGAGGAGGACAAAGGAGCUUCAAGGACCCAGAGAGGGAAGAGGUCCCUAUGGGGCACACAGCUGCCGGUAGCAGGGCCCAGGCUGGGACCUGCCCUCAAAAGGACAGCACCCCCCACUCCUGGAACGGGGGCAGGGUGGGAGGGGAGUGCUAGGGACGGAAUGUCCCCAGGGCCUCCUCCUGCAAAUGAGGUACCUUUUGCAAAGACUAUUAUCUACCACCCCCAAAAUGUGGAAUAAAAUAAAA